GGAUAGAUCAUGCAAUCAAGAACAAAAUAUUCAAUCAGAUACCUACUUUCCCUUCUGGUGUUUAAGUUCUUCUAGAAAUAAACUCAAUAUCUCUACAGGAUAAACAAAAAAAACAACUAAAGAAAAAUGUACUGUCUAAAAAAAAGCUUUAGGUGAGUUUGCUUCAACAUGAAACAAUGGAUGCCCAAAAAAAAAAGCCUAACGUUGCUUGUUAAAGCAACCAGAUACUAAUCAACAUUUUCUAUGUUAUUUUUCUUUCUAUUAUAUUUACUUCACCAAUCACCACCAUACCUUCCCUCACUCUUCUUCCAAGUUAAGUUAAUAAACAAAAUUACAGAGAGGAAGAAGAGUGGUGCAAAAUGGAGGAGUUCGUGGUUGAGAGUCUUCUUAGCGGUAACAGAGAGGCUCAAAUAGAAGCAGCUAUAGAGCUGAGUAAUCUAAGCAAGAGGCAAAGACAAAAAAUGGCAGAAAGAGAAAUCAUCAUUCCUUUACUCUCAAUGUUACAAUAUCAAGACUGCAUCACAACAGAAGUCGCUCUAUCUGCAUUGCUCAGCCUUGCAUUUGGCAGUGAAAGGAACAAAGUAAGAAUUGUGAAAUCUGGCGCAGUACCAAUGUUGCUAGAGAUACUCCAGUCAGAAACGAAGAUGGUAAUAGUUGAACUGGCCAUGGCGUUUCUCCUGAUCCUCUCUUCCUGUAACAAAAACAAGGUCAAGAUAGCGUCGACCAGGUUGGUUCAGAUUCUAGUUGGGCUAAUUGGGCUCGAAACGCUAACGACUCAGGCCAAGCUUGAUGGCAUAGCAACACUACACAAUCUAUCGACACUCCAUCAGAUUGUUCCACUCGUCAUAGCUUGUGGAGCACCGUAUGCUUUGCUUCAAGUCAUGAACUUUUGCGAUAAAUCCUCUGAAUUGGCUGAAAAGGCGGCAUCUUUGCUGGAGAACAUAAUCUCUGAAUCACCAGAAUCGAUUUGCAGCAUCAGUGGAGCGAUUGGGGUUCUGGUGGAAGCCAUUGAAGAAGGGUCAGCACAGUGUAAAGAGCACGCCGUAGGAAUAUUGCUCGGUGUGUGCAACUUGGACAGAGAGACGAACAGAGGAAUGAUACUGAGAGAAGGAGUGAUGCCCGGAUUGCUUCAAGUGAGCGUAGAUGGGACAAGGAGGGCUAAAGAAAUGGCUAGAGAGCUGCUGCUUCUGUUGAGGGAGUGCUGUUCUGGGUAUGUCAUCAAAAACAAACAGAGAAAGAUUGAGAUUGUUGAGAAAAUUAUGCGGGAGAUUGAUCAAGAAGGCGAGCGAAUACCAGGAACCAUGUUGAAGUUGGUAGAAGAGAUGAUUUCCAAACUCAGCACAUAGUCUUGUGCUUCGAUUUCCAGGC